AUGUAAAACUUACCUGAUUGCGCAGAAAUCAAUAAGUAUAUAAAGGAGUACUUUUAAUACUUAGGUUUAAACAAUACCAUGGAUUGCUUUGAAGCAGAGUGGAAAUAGAAGUAAUCAAAUACUAGGUAAUCAAAAUAAAAUAAUUAAAUUAAGAAUGAUGAUUUACCACGACUCUACUUGCUUCUUAAAAGCGAUAAUAACAAAACUAAGAGAGAAAUUAAUUUAGAAAAGGAAAUGAAGGCAUAAAAUAAAAAAUAUUAGCAAAUACUACAAGCAGGAAGAUAGAUAUUUUCAGUUUCAAUAAAUUUGUUGUAAAUAAUGCACUCUUUUAAAGAAUCUGUGCAAAAUGAGAAUCUCCACGAAACACUAGAAAAUUAUAAAAUUUAAUUAGGAAAGUAUCAAAAAAUUAUAAUAAAUGAAGGUAAACCUGAAGGCAAUGAGCUUAUUACAGAAACAGUAAUGCAAGAUCAUAAAACAAAGCUAUUUAAAAAUUAUAAAGAUAAUAAUAUCGAUGGAAUGAUUGAAGCUCUUCUUUCCUUGAGAGUAAAUGCUCUUUAAAUAGCUCCUGAGUUGAGAAAAAAUCUGGUUUAUGAAUUGAUCCGUAAUGAUAUAUUUGAUAUAGAAGCUAGCGAAAAAUUUGAUUUUUUGAUUAAGAUGCUCGAUAUAAAUAACUAAAGCUUAAAGCACGCUAUAACAAGUUUAGUUAGUGUAGUUAGUUCAACACUUAGAGGAGUAGAAUACUUGACCUUUGGUAACAAAUAUGCAGUUAUUGAAAAAAUUAUUAAGAUAUUAAAAGAACAAGAAAAUGGUAGUGUAACUUAACGUUUUUGCUUGGCUAUACUUUAAAAAUGUUCAAUAAAAGAAAGUGUUAUUCCUGUUUUAGUUGAAUAAGGAAUGAUAGACUGGGUUGUCCAUUUGAUUAAAAAGUCAACCAACGGUAAAAUUCAUGUUUUCUGUCUUGACUUUGCUUCUGCCAUGCUUGCAAAUAUAACUCAUACUCCUUAUACUCUUUAGUAUUUUGAGUAGCAUCCAGAUUUUACAUGUUAAUAUAUGGAGAACCUUUUGAAGUUUAUAAGAGAUAAUAUUCCUGUUUCAGUAUUGAUGCAUAUUUUAAUUUGCCUGUCUUAUCUAUCUAAAGAUACAUUCUAAUAAUAAAUUGAUUAUUGCUAAUUCGUUGAGAAAAUAUCUGAGUUUGUAGAAUUUUAUUCUUAAAUCAACACUUCAGAAAAUGAAGCUGCUGAAAUUGAUAAAAAAACUGUUUUAGAUUUAUGUGCUCAUAUGUUCCAUCCUAAAGACACUUCUUUGGAUAAUAGUACAACUCUUGAAUUAAAUGAAUUAAAAACUGAAGAUAGAAUUAGAGAGUAUGAAAAUGAACAAGGUGAAUUAAUAUUCGAAUGCUUCUAGGAUGAAGUUAGUUAAUGA